UGAAAUUCAUUCGUUCAAUCAGUCAUUCGUUAUGGUGAUGGUGACCUGUCAACAAAAAAGUGUCAGCGUCAGAAACAAGAAAAGCGAAUAGAUUUCCAGACAAUCAAGACUACGUUGGCAAAAUUUAUUUAUAAUGGCAGACAAAAGGAAAACCAAAAAACGUAAAGAGGAGUUUGGAGAGGUGGCUGAGUCAGAAAAGGCCACGAGCGAAGAGUAUGCAGUUGCAAAAUGGCUUAAAGCCAAUGUGCCUACGAAAAAGACGAAAUUCCUGAAUCACCAUGUGGAAUACUUCACUGGGACAAAAGCGGUGGACGCGCUUCUCACAUCAAAAUGGGCUACUGGCAAGAACCCGAUAUUCACCACACGACAUGAAGUCACAGACUACCUGCACCAGAUGCUAUUGCACAAACUAUUUCACCGAGCUAAAAAGGUCCCGGUUACAGAGCAGGAAUUAAAGGGAAAAUCUAAAAAGAAGGAAUUAGAGAAAUCAAGCAAAAGUGGAGAUGAGAAAGAUGGUGAGAAGAGUCAGGCCAGCGCUUGUGAAGGAAAGGACUCAAAAGACACAAAAGAAAAAGAGAAGAAGAAACGGAAAAUUCGCCUAGAGAUGCACAUGGACCAAGUAUUCCUUGACACGUUGGACGCGUACGUCUGGAUCUACGAUCCGAAGCCCUGGUACUACUGGCUGUGCGGUAUACUGGUCGUGGUCGGCACCAUCACCGUUUGUAUGUUCCCCUUGUGGCCAGCUACCGUGCGGGAUUAUCUCCACAGUAAAGGGGUAUAUUACCUGAGUAUCGCGGCUGCCGGUUUUUUGGUCACCAUCAUAGGCCUGACGGUCCUGAGGGUCGUUGUGUUCUGCCUGGUCUGGAUGCUCACACUGUCCCGACACCAUCUCUGGCUGCUCCCCAACCUGACUGAGGAUGUCGGAUUCUUUGCAUCAUUCUGGCCGCUUUAUAAAUACGAAUACCGCCCGGGCGCGGACUCGGACAAAUCGUCCAAGAAUAAGAAGAAACGGAAGAAAGACAAGCUGUCUGACGAUGAGAGUGAGAAGGCGCCACUGCUGGAAGAGCAGGCGGGCGAGGAAGCCAGCGAGGGGGCCAGCACGGCUCGCACUGCCGUUACUACAAGUGACGAUGCCGCUGUUGAUACCAAAUCCGAAUUAGAAACACCAACGCCACCAGCCGACAAACAAUCAGAGUCUGAAUCUGAGAACAGCCAACGUUCGUCCACGGAUAGGGACUUUGAGAUCGUAGAGCCAGCAGAUUUAGAGCCAGACCGAGAUGAUAACGCGUAAGAGAGGAAUGUGCGAGGUCACUGUGGGUACGUUUGUAUGGUACAGACAAGGGAACUUGCGCAAACUUGCGCUAACUUGCGCAAAGUUGCGCUAUCUUGCGCAAAGAUGCGCUAUCUUGCGCAAAGUUGCGCAAACUUCUGAUCGUUUAUUUCAAAUUCGUGUGUGAAAAACUCGACUAUUUAAAUCUGAUUAUGUAAUAAUUUCAUGAUAUUAUAAUUUUUAUUGUGAUUUAUUGUGUUCUAGUUUUAUUUUUAUUUUUUUGUUUGUUUAAAAUCGUAAUUACGUGCUUACGCAGAAUUUGGUGGCGUCAUUCUAUGUUUUGUCUUCCAUACUCGAAACGUUCAACGGUGAGGUUGAUGAUAAUAAUUUAAAUAAAUUAACUUUAUACAUACAUUUUUAUUUAUUUUUUAUUUCCUUGCAAAUGUACCCACGUGAUGCUCAAUACCAAACCAGACCAGAGACUGUAGACAGUUAGGUUACGUUAGGUUAAAUUCCGAGUAUUUAUGUACGAGUAAUGUCACUUAUCCAAUGUAAGAUGUGCGCUACAAUAAGCGAAUAACGCAUUUUCGGUUAGCGAUAUAAAAUUGCUAAUUGUUACACUAACAUUCGGGGAAGCGCUGGAUUUAGCGGAGUUGUAGCUUUUUAACGCAAGAUAGAUACAAGUAGGAACAUUAACUCUUGUUCAGCAUUGAUCCGUAACACGAAUUAGUUCGCCUUUAGAAUCCCCCAAAUAGAAAACUUCGCUAAAUCUAAGCCGUAUAAAGUAUGUGCUAUUUUUAGCCGUGCUUUUAACAUAUUAUGUAGUCCCCCAUUGACAGUAGAAAUCUAUGGUAAAUACCAAAUAUUAUAAAGAGAUCUGAAGUGAAACAUCAAUGACUUGCAGAUGACUGAUUUUAUGAACUAUCACAAGAAUGUAACACAUUUUUUAUAAUAAUUAACGUAGUUUUACAGCUUAUACACAAGGCAAGCUCAAAAUUAUAUAAAUUAGUUAUGGAAAUCAGUCAUGUAUUUAAAAAACUUGAUUUGCAUUGUAUCAUUCAUGUUUUGUUACGGCGUCAUACGUGAGCGAUCUAAACGCGAAGGCAAUGCGGUGCAGCGCGGCGCGAAGACAACAAACUGUCAAAAUGUAUUGACGUGGCCAUUUUUUAGAGGGGGGAAAAUCAUCCUCUGACUUCUCCCACCUUGGGCGAGGCGAGAGGGAGUGUCAGACUCUUACUGACUAAAAACCACCCCGUUCCUUCUCCUGCUUUUCGAGCCGGAGCCCCGGUAAACCCGCUAGGUAGUCCGCAGCUCCGGAAUACGUGACCAACCGCACGUGGGAUGCGGUGAGCGAUCAAUUGGCUUGGUCACACCACAUCGCGUUGAAUUCGCGUGUCACCGCACCGCUUCGCGUUCGCUUCUAGAUCGCUCACGCAAGAUGUCGCGUUAGCGAAUGAUAUAAUUAUGUGAAUGUAGUUAUCAUAAAUCAAAAGGAUUUGUGACGUAAUGACUUUUAGACGAAUUAUGAUUAACAUCCUAAAAAAUCUGCUCAUACAUAGCUCAGAGUUGCUUUAAUCUCAAAUGUUACAUAGUGAAGUUAACGUUAUCUGCGUAUAAUAAGAUACAUAGUCCUUCAACCAAGACUUCGGUUCAAAUUCGCUAGCCUGAAAUCAGAAACAGUGUCAGAAGGAGAAUGUGCUUUAUUUUGCAGUGAUUACGAGUCAAUUUGCUAUGUAACGUUUUAGAUUGACAUAUUGACUCUAAGCUAGUAUGAACGGAACCUAAGUUCGUGCCGAGUAUUGCCGAAGCUUUUCGUUUCUACUCGGACUCCCGAAGUCGUUCGGCAAACUUCGUCAAUCCUCGGCAAUGAUAUAAAGGGUUGUAAUUACGCCGUAUUUAUGCAAUUAUGUUUUACUUUUGCAUACAUUUUAUUAACGUUUGUUAUGUCCGUCAGGUUUUGUGAUUCGGAACUAUUGUGACGGAUUGAUAUACGAAAAUGAUGUUUAUUGCGCUGUAUUAAGAACUAAAUUAGUUUAGCUCAUAACCAUUAUUACAAUACAUUCCUUUAGAACCCUAGUUAGUCUUCCGCAUUCACUCCUAAAGCGUAUUAUCAUAAUCUAAUACAAAAUAAUCUCUAAUAUCAACUUUAAAUUCAAUCUAGCAAGUCAAUCAAAACUAGUCUUAUGAGACAUAUUCUAUCCUAGCAUUAAGGUUCAUAAUCGCGUACAUUUAAUAAAAAUUACUAAUGAAUGCCAUAAUAAUUAUUUUCGUUUAUCAAACCGGUCCAUCCGGCUUUUAAAUAUUUUGGUGCUGUCUACAAAUUUGUGAAUAAUGGAAUAUUUAUUUUCGCGUAUCGAAAUUUACGCGACAUUUUCGAUUUUAUGUGCAUUUGUUUUUCAGUGAUACAUGUCGACGGUUAAAAGGAAAUAGGGUAUAAGCGACAAAAAAUGAUAUGUUCAGGAGAGCCGUUUAAAUUCGUCGGUCGUCGAAAGAAUACUAGGAAAAUGUUUUUUUUUAACGCCAAAAAUGAAAUCGUAUAGCCAUGAGAAUAAGCUCAAUCGAAAGAGCAGAAAAUGUUACGUAGGAUAGCGUAAUAAACUCAUUUUUGGCCAAAAUGUCGCUUAUAUCCUAUUUCCUUUUAAUUGUCGAAGUGUUUUGUAAAUAUACAUAGGCUCGUGACAUGGAGUUGUUUAACGGGCUGUAUCAUGUUAAUCAACGGUAUUUCAAUAAAUGAUACUCUUUUCAAA